GGCUAAGCGAGGUUAUUUGCAUGGCAACCACUUCAGGUUUAUUAUCAGAGAACAAAGGUACUUCAGUGUUUGUAGCUGCUGUUAAGGAAAGCAAGUCGCUGUAAUAUUAGGCUAAAAAAUGCUCACUGAUAAUACAGACCAAGGGUGCUUCAUUUUAGCCAUUGACGUACGUGUGCAGCUGCAUGCCUAGAACAACAAGGGAUGCUUAUAGUGUUGCAAAUGAAUUGUAGGAAAGACGUUUAGCUCUCUGUGUUGGACAACCAUGCUUCUCAUGAAGCCAACAGGAAAUCCUCAACCAGAAGAAACCAGCAAACCAUCAAGUGACAGAACACUUGCUCUGACGGUGUGCUCUGCUGCCAUUGGAGGCACCUUCCAGUAUGGAUACAAUAUUUCAAUUGUAAACGCUCCAACCAGGUACAUCCAGACUUUCAUCAAUGAUACCUACACAUCACGCUACGGCACAGGCUUGGGAGCUCCCCAUGUAACUCUGGUGUGGACUGUUAUCGUAUCAGCGUUCUCGCUGGGAGGUUUGCUUGGGGCCCUGCUGGCCGGCCCAAUGGCUGUUCACUUUGGGAGGAAGAAGUCUCUGCUUUUGAACAACUCAUUUUUGAUUGUAGGUGCAGCCUUAGUUCUUCUGUGCAGGAUUGCAAGAUCAUUCGAGAUGAUCAUCUUCGCCAGGUUCCUUGUGGGGAUUAAUUCAGGUGUGAGUAUGAAUGUCCAACCUAUGUACUUUGGAGAAAGCGCCCCCAAACACCUCAGAGGAGCUGUGGCUUUUUCCUCUGCUGUUUUCACUGCUUUUGGGAUUUUCUUGGGCCAAGUUGUGGGACUUACUGAGAUAUUGGGCACAGAGCAUCUCUGGCCUUAUUUACUAGCCAGCAACAUGCUUCCAGGAGUGAUCCAGAUGCUUACACUACCCUGGUUUCCCGAAAGCCCCAAAUAUCUGCUCAUUGACCGUGGAGACAGAGUAGCAUGCGUCCAGGCUCUUGAAAGACUCCGUGGUGGUGUGGCUCCAGCUGUGGAAAUACAGGAAAUGCUUGAAGAACGGCAGAGACAAUUAAAUGCUGGAUCUGCAUCUUCUGCUAAGACACCUUGGUCCCUUUUUAAGGAUCGUGACCUGCGAUCCCAACUCAGAACAGUCAUGGUGGCCAGUAGUUCCAUGAUGCUUUGUGGCAAUGACUCCAUCUACUUCUAUGCUUCUUACAUCUUCGCUGAGGCAGGCAUCCCUACAGAUAAAAUCCAGUAUGCAACCAUUGGAACAGGAGCAUCUGAACUGACUGCUUCUAUACUGAGCAACCUCCUGAUUGAACGAGUGGGCCGGAAGGGUCUUCUCAUAGGAGGCUACACUCUGAUGUCAUGCUGGGCUGUCGUCAUCACAGUAGCCCUCACACUGCAAAGACAAGAAGUAGAAGGGAUGUCGUACCUCAGCAUGGUAUGUGUGUUCGCCUAUAUCCUUAGUUUUGGUUUGGGCCCUGCAGGUGUGACAGGUAUCCUACCAGCAGAGAUCUUUGACCAAUCGGCCCGACCGGCAGCAUACAUGGUCGCCGGAUCACUAAUGUGGCUCAGUCUGUUCCUGCUGGGAAUGUUGUUUCCCUUCAUCAUCAGCAGUUUUGGGAGCCUUUGCUUCCUGCCGUUCUUGGCUGUGUGUUUGGCGUCAGCUGUGUUUUUUGGGAUCACGUUCCCAGAGACGAAAGGCAAGAGCCUGGCGGAGAUUACGGCAGAGUUUCAUCGAAGGAAUGGAAAGGAGGAGAAGAGGUCCAUGAAGGAUCACAACAAGAUGGAUGAGAUUGGCUCGUUUUCUACCUCAGCAGAAGAUAUGAACCAUGAGAACAGUCCCUGAAAUCAGGGUUGGUUGUUCUGCCUGCAUCAGGGAUAUUUAAGACCAGUGCUUUAGUAUUUAAAGUCUAUGCAUAUAAGUGCUUGCUGCAUGUCAACCAAACACGUCUUUAGCUUUGUGACCUAAUCAGGAAUGUUUGGUGAAGACCUCCUAUUUUUAAUGUAUUACUAUAUAAAAGUAGAAAUACUGUUGUCUCAUCUGACUGAUGCAUUGCAUUUACUUGGAAUAUAAAAGAAGCCCAUAUUGCAUGUUUUGAAUGAUUGCUUACCAAAUGUAUCAUUUGAAGAGUACUGUUUUACUGCUGUGUAAGCAGAGUACUGUAUAUUCAGCACCUUCCCAUGAAGUUUAAAGUGUCCACUUUCACCUUUUUGUGCUUCUUUUUAUCCCCUAUGUUAUUUAUGAAUCAUUUUUGUGUAUUUGAAUUAUAUUAGUCAGACCAUGUGCAGAUAGUACAUGUAUCUUCUAGCACCACCUUGAUACCAAAAAUGCUGGAUUUCUGUUCAAAGAAAUACAUUUUGUAGAUGCAAUUUAGAAAAAUAGCCACUAGAUGUCCCUGUUGCAUUGACUUUUUGCUGGUUAAUCAAACUCAAGUUCCACAAUAGAAUUCAAAAGCUGCUGUCUUGUGAGGCCUAUGCUGCACUUUGGAUAUUCCUUUGUGCCAUUUAUGAAAAGGGACAAAUGACUCAAGGACUUUUAUCAUUCAACAUGCAGAACAACUUUGUAUUUCACAUUCUUGUAAUUUUGUUGUACAUGCACGACACAUCUCUCAAACGACUGUGUUGUAUGCCAAUCCUUAUUAAAUAGUGAUUUUUUUUCCCCCAGGAUG